CUAAACGUUAAUUUCAAAAAUGAAUGCAGAAAAGCUGAGUGUCCGCUAUCACACUGAUACUUUUACGCACCAAGUGUCCACCGCUCCAAGCCAGACCGAGCUUAGUCCCAAAUUGCUUGCCUAUGAUAGUAUAAGUGGCAUAGAUACUCAUAGGUCUAGAAGGAUGAACUCGAGUUCUAACAACCAGAAGAUGAGAAGCCUUCAGAAUAAGUACCACUUGGAUAAGACAAACAACACGACUACGACUAUCACUCAGUAUACAUAAGUUUCUCUCACCAGAACAAAUCGCUCUUCAAAAAUCUGCCGAUGACUAGUACAUUGCAGAUGGAAUCUACCUUGACUACCAAGGAGUCGCAAUGCCUAUCUGAAAUAGGCAAGUGCAAAGGCUGAUUCCAGGAAGUUUUGAAAUAAGUUCACUAAGCAGAGACAGUCCUCCCUCAUGAAGCUUGAAAAACAGAAAGAUGAGAGUCUCAAGAGAAUCCGAGAUAUGAGCCGAGAUCUUAAUAUUAAUAACAAGCUCCAGAAAGUUUCUUUCAAGAUUAGUUCCCGCAAUAAGACAUCUCUGUUAAGCUCAAAGUCUCCUAAGCUCAGGAAGAAAAGCUCGAAGAAGCAGAUAAUCGCAACCUCAAAGAUGGUCUCCAGAGAUGUGAAGAAGAGGAAGGAUUCAUCCAAAUUAGGAAACAAUUAUCAUUCAGUUGAUUCUAAUCCUAAGCUAUGCUCUAAAGGUAUCGACCAAUGUAAUUCUCGAAAAACUUACAAGACAAAACAUAUCCUUUCAAAAGAGAGGAAGCAGAAGAAUACAUCCUGUAUCGAGAAAAAGUAUUCUAGUAAAGAUCUCAAAACAAAGGGGCACCAGAAGGCAUCUUCAACUGUUACUAUCAGUAUCAAUGACAGCCAUAAGCCAGAUGUGAGGAAGAAGCUUGGCAAGAGUAAUAAUAAGAAGUCAAGAAAGGCCCUCUUCAAGGUCAGUAGCAACACAGCAAGUAUGGAUAAGCACAAGUUCAAUGAUUCUUGUAUCAAAGGACACAAUUAUCUGGUUUUCAAACGUAGUUCCCAAGAAGAGUCCUCAAACCUAAAAUUAUCCAGCUUGCAAGCCCAGCUCGAGCAGAAGAAGAUUAUGAAGUCACGUAAGAAGUUCAAUAGCCAAGAGAAAUCCUUGAAAGUGCGCAACCAGAAGGAUAUGAAGAGCCAUUACAUGAAACCUCGGAGCAAAAGAAUGAAGGCGAUUUCGAGCAAAGUGAGCCCUGCUAAUCGAGAAGCCACCAAAAACCUGAAAGGGUUAAAACUCAAGAAGUUGAAAAAUAAAGACAGUCAACGUAGUCCAUGUGCUUUAAAAAUCGGUUUUAAAUGUAGACCGUUCCUCGAAUCCGAUCGGAGCGGAAAAGAGAAUGCCAAAUAUCAGCCUAAGAGAGUUCGGAGAAAUAGAGAUGACCGUAAGAAACAAACUGAGGGAAAGAAGUUGCAUAAGUUAUGUGACCACUCUGUUGAAGGGAACAAGAAGCAGCGCAACCAUCCUCUCAGCCACAAGACGUCUCAAGCUUUUAGCCCGCAUCGGGCUUUAAUAAACCUCACUGGGAAUUGUUUGAAGUAACUCCCG